AUGAUUGAUUCCAACCAAUGUGAGAGGUGUCCCGUAGAGCAAUAUCCAAAUGAGAAACACCAUAAAUGUAUUCCCAAAAUUAUCACCUACUUAUCCUACAAAGAAGCCCUGGGAGAAGUCCUGACUGGCUUUGCUCUUUCUUUUGCUGUCAUCACAAUUGUGGUGAUGGGGACAUUCAUCUUCCACCAGAACACUCCCAUCAUCAAAGCCAACAAUUGGGAUAUCACCUGCACCCUGCUUGUCUCGCUUGUGCUGUGUUUUUUUUGCUCUUUCCUCUUCCUUGGAUGUCCAGGGAAAGUCACAUGUCUACUCCAGCAAGCAGUUUUUGGAGUUGUCUUCUCCAUUGCAGUGUCUUGUGUGUUAGCCAAAACCAUCACUGUGGUUCUGGCCUUCAUGGCCACAAAGCCAGGGAACCGCAUGAGGUGGUGGGUGGGGAAAAGGCUGUCCGUCUCAGUCAUUGUUUUUUGCUCCCUUAUUCAAACAAGCAUCUGUGCUGCCUGGUGGACCAUUUCUCCUCCUUUCCCAGAGUUAGACAUGCAUUCCCAGCUGGAUGAGAUCUUAGUGCAGUGCAACGAAGGCUCGGAGAUCAUGUUUUACCUUGUGCUGGGCUACAUGUGGUUUCUGGCCCUCAUCAGCUUCACAGUGGCCUUCUUUGCCCGGAAGUUGCCCGACUCGGCAUUGCCUAAAAACUUACAGCAUGUCCUAGCCUUCAGUUUUGCCAUUCAGGAGAUCAACAUGAAUGAGGUCUUGUUACCCAACAUCACCUUGGUCUCCAAGAUACAUGAGAAUGGUUUUCAGGCAAUGAAAGCCUCUCAGAACCUUUUGGAUCUCUUCUUUCUUGAAAACUGGUGUCCCUUCAAUUACAGAAAGGGAAAGGACCAAAACAUCAUGGCUGUCAUUGGUGAUCUUCCUUCCCAGAACACCAUCCAGAUAGCCAACAUCUUAAAUACCUACAAAAUUCCACAGCUUCGUUUAUUUCUGAAAAACCUCCAUUUCAACAACAGUGUUGGGGAAGAAAUAGCUUUCAAUGAGAAUGGAAACCUGGCAGCAGCAUACGAUAUCAUCAACUUGAUUACUUUCCCCAAUCGAUCCUUUCAGAAGGUCCACGUUGGACAUAUUGAACCUCAGAGUUCUCAAAAGGAAGACUUCACCAUAAAUACAACUGUCAUUGUAUGGAACCCCAUAUUUAAGCAGACACCACCUUCUGCCACCUGUGUAGAAAGCUGCCAUCCUGGGUACCGGAAAUUGAUUGAGGAGGGAAAACAGGUUUGCUGCUAUGACUGUGUCAAGUGUUCAGAGGGAAGCAUUUCCACCAUGGUUGAUUCCAACCAAUGUGAGAGGUGUCCCGCAGAGCAAUAUCCAAAUGAGAAACACCAUAAAUGUAUUCCCAAAAUUAUCACCUACUUAUCCUACAAAGAAGCCCUGGGAGAAGUCAUGACUGGCUUUGCUGUUUCUUUUGCGGUAAUCACAAUUGCGGUGAUGGGGACAUUCAUCUUCCACCAGAACACUCCCAUCGUCAAAGCCAACAAUUGGGAUAUCACCUGCACCCUGCUUGUCUCGCUCCUGCUGUGUUUUCUUUGCUCCUUCCUCUUCCUCGAAUGUCUAGGGCAAGUCACAUGUCUGCUCCGGCAAGCAGUUUUUGGAGUUGUCUUCUCCAUUGCAGUGUCUUGUGUGUUAGCCAAAACCAUCACUGUGGUUCUGGCCUUCAUGGCCACAAAGCCAGGGAACCGCAUAAGGUGGUGGGUGGGGAAAAGGCUGUCCGUCUCAGUCAUUGUUUUUUGCUCCCUUAUUCAAACAAGCAUCUGUGCUGUCUGGUGGACCAUUUCUCCUCCUUUCCCAGACUUGGACAUGCAUUCCCAGCUGGAUGAGAUCUUAGUGCAAUGCAACGAAGGCUCAGAGAUCAUGUUUUACGUUGUGCUGGGCUACAUGUGGCUUCUGGCCCUCAUCAGCUUCACAGUGGCCUUCUUUGCCCGGAAGUUGCCCAACACGUUCAAUGAAGCGAAGCUCAUCACCUUCAGCAUGCUGGUCUUCUGCAGUGUUUGGGUGUCCUUUGUGCCCACGUACUUGAGCACCAAGGGGAAAUCCAUGGUGGCUGUGGAAGUCUUCUCUAUCUUGGCCUCAAGUGGUGGUUUACUAGGUUGCAUUUUCCUGCCCAAGUGCUACAUUAUCAUACUGAGGCCAGAGCUGAAUACGAGAGAGCAGCUAGUUAGGAAAAAGAAUGGUGUGAUUUCAAGAGCAACAUGA